AGAAGCACCGUCCCCACGAACUGAAAACCUAAAGAGCGAGAGCGAGACACAAGGACAGAGAGAGAGAGAGGGAUGGAUGCGGCGAAGGUGAAGCAAUUGAAGCUCUUCGUAGAGCAGUGCAGGUCCAAUCCUGCCAUACUUAGCGACCCUUCCAUCGCUUUCUUCAGGGAUUACCUUGAGAGCCUAGGCGCUAAGCUCCCUGAUGCUGCUUACGGGCAUGAAGAACCUUCCAAGUCCCAUGGUGAAAAAAGCCAAGUGCCUGAUGAAGGUGAUGAAGAUAUGCAAGACCUUGAAGAAGAGGGUAUUCAUGUCCAAGAAAAUGAAGAAGAGCCUGAAAUAGUUGAGUCAGAUAUUGAGCUAGAAGGUGAAACUGUAGAGCCAGACAAUGAUCCUCCUCAAAAGAUGGGAGAUCCAUCUGUUGAGGUAACUGAAGAAAGCCGUGAUGCAUCCCAAAUUUCAAAGGCAAAAGCUAUGGAGGCGAUUUCUGAAGGUAACCUUGAAGAAGCCAUUGAUCACCUGACAAAUGCUAUUGUAUUAAACCCCACGUCCGCGAUAAUGUAUGCAACUAGAGCUAGUGUAUACAUUAAAAUGAAGAAGCCUAAUGCUGCAAUUCGAGAUGCCAAUGCAGCUUUGGAGAUAAAUCCUGAUUCUGCUAAAGGCUACAAAUCUCGUGGCAUGGCACGUGCAAUGCUUGGUCAGUGGGAAGAAGCAGCUAAGGAUCUUCAUGUUGCUUCAAGAUUGGAUUAUGAUGAGGAAAUUGCUGCUACACUGAAGAAGGUUGAACCUAAUGCUCAUAAAAUUGAAGAACAUCAUAGAAAAUAUGAGCGCUUACAUAAGGAAAGGGAGGAAAGAAGACUAGAACGUGAGAGACAACGUCGCAGAGCCGAAGCACAGGCUGCAUAUGAAAAAGCAAAGAAGCAAGAGCAGUCCUCUCCUAGAAGGCCAACUGGUGGCAUGCCUGGAGGGAUGCCUGGUGGCAUGCCUGGAGGGAUGCCUGGUGGAAUGCCUGGAGGUUUCCCCGGUGCUAUGCCUGGAGGAAUGCCAGGAGGUUUCCCCGGUGCUAUGCCUGGAGGAAUGCCAAAUAUUGACAUGAGCAAGAUUUUGAAUGACCCUGAAUUGAUGGCUGCAUUUAAAGACCCAGAGGUCAUGGCUGCUCUCCAAGAUGUGAUGUCAAAUCCAGCUAACAUAGCCAAGCACCAAUCAAACCCCAAGGUAGCACCUGUCAUUGCCAAGAUGAUGGGCAAGUUUGCAGGAGACAAGUGAGAUAAGUUUGGCGUAGAUGAAUUCCUGCGUACACGGUAUCCUACAACUUUUGUUGCUGUUGUGAGUCUUCUUGCUGAAAUAGGGUGUGGUGUAAAAGUCUUUCUGAUUUUAUACCCUUCAUGGAAGCAUUUCAUAUAAAGAACAGCGUAGAAGUGUGCAUUUGUAUUUGAGGCUUUCGUUGUGAUGUUGAGGAUGCCGUUUCAUGUUGUAAACCGUAAAAUGGUUGCUGAUAAUAAAAUCUGCGAUUUAUUUAUGGUUCUCAA